ACGGAGGAUGACGGCCACUUAAACCCUCCAUCAUAUAAUCCACCAUGGAAAGCGAAAAAAGGGAUGAUAAAUUGCCAUCCAACCCUCCCACCGUAACAGGAGGCUGUCGCUGCGGUCUCAUCCGCUACAUCGCCUCCGCGAUCCCCACCAAGCAGACCUACUGCCACUGCCACACCUGCCGCAAGCUCUCCGGCUCGGCGUUCAUGGCGUUUGUCGACUUCCCCGUUGACUCGGUUCUAAUCACGACGGAGACGAGCUCCGAUUGGCCGAGGUUUACGGACUGGAAAGCGAAGCACGCUGAGCUGCCUUCGUUGCGAACGAUCAAGGUCUCUCCUUAUGCUACUCGCACUUGCUGUGGAGCGUGCGGCUCGCCGAUUUCGAUGGUGUAUGUUAACGCACCAGAGGUAAUUGGGAUUACGGCCGGGACGGUUGACGACAAGUGUGAUAUGGCGAAGUUUGGGCUGGAAUCGCAGCAUAUCUUCAUGAAGGAGAAGUCGGAGUGGUAUCAGAUGCCAGAGGAUGGGUUUCCUACGCAGUGGGAGAUGGAAGGGGUGGAUAAGUUACUGUCGAAAUGAUUGCCCUAAGAUUAGGAUGAAUUAUUGGUUUGGUCACUGUUUCGAGGACGAAAUGGCGUUGGAAAGGAGGAGCACUAUUAUCACCACUUUGAUUGAAGGUCAUUGCACAGUUAUAUCUAGCUAGGUAGGCGACAAUGGCCGCCUCUAAGUUAAUCUAUCUGUACAACAUAACUUCUGUGCAUCGGAGACAAUAAUGAAA